GUGUGUCUAUUUUUAGCCUCCAAAUGGAUCUGUGCUGGAGCCGAGCUCUCUGCCCCCGUCAAGGGUACAGCAUCAUGUUGUGCUGGGAGGAUUUUCCUGCGUGGCUCUUUGAAUGGCUCCAUCACCGACUUAGAUUGUGGUACAGGCAUGGAUAACUUUGAGUACAGCAUCCAGCUGAACGACAGGGACUGGGCUGAAUUCUUCUUGGCGUCGGAGGAAUGCAGCCUAGCACCGGCCGCCCUGGCCACGGCCGAGGAGCAGGGUCUCAGUGACAUUGAACAAGGGGACGGCGUGCCGGAGAGGGACUGCCGCACCAGCACAAACGGGCAGAUUGCAGUGAGAGUGGGCAGCAGGCCAGGGCCUGGCACGGGAAGCUCUGCCCCACGUGGGGUGCCUGUAGACGCCUCCCUGUGCUGGCCCACCGGCGGGCACCUCACCCUGCCGGAGCUUCUCUCGGGCAGCGAGGACGAAGCGGACCUGGGCUCGGUUGGCAGGUUUCUGUGCAAAAGCGACAAGCCCAACUGCCCUUCGUCCGCUCCAAUGCCCAGCGCACAGGGGAGGCAGCCCCCCUGUCCCCCUGCAGCCACCCUUGCCGGCCCGGCUGGCGGCACAGCCGAGAGCAGCCCAGGGCAGGACACAGCCUGUGAAGCAGCAGCACCACAGCCAGCAUCAGCAUCGGAGAAAGGAGCAGCCAGCAGCAGUCAGGCCAUGGAGCCUCCCAGCCACCCGGCUGGAACAAGCGCCCCUGAACAGGGAGGGGACGCAAGAGGGGAACAGCCCCGUGGCAGCCCAGUGGCGGCACAGCCGGGGGCUCCGGUGCAGGACAGCUCAUCAGCACUGGCUGCUUCCCCAGAGGGUUCGGCAAGGAAGAGUCCUAGCAGCGCUUCCCGCUCAGAGCCCAGGCUACAGGGACCCCCGCGUGACCACCCCCCGAGCCCAGUCCUGGAGUCUGCGCCCAGAGCACCUGGCUGCCCGGCACGAGAGGAGGCGAGAGGGGAGAGAGUGGUUGCUGAGCCAAGCUCCCCGGCUGGCUCCUCAGACGUUGUGAGGCCCAAGGUGCCAGGGCAGCUGAGAAGGAGCCGCAAGCAACGUGGAGCCAGAACAGCCGGCAGCCCAGUGGCGGCACAGCCGGGGGCUCCGGUGCAGGACAGCUCAUCAGCACUGGCUGCUUCCCCAGAGGGUUCGGCAAGGAAGAGUCCUAGCAGCGCUUCCCGCUCAGAGCCCAGGCUACAGGGACCCCCGCGUGACCACCCCCCGAGCCCAGUCCUGGAGUCUGCGCCCAGAGCACCUGGCUGCCCGGCACGAGAGGAGGCGAGAGGGGAGAGAGUGGUUGCUGAGCCAAGCUCCCCGGCUGGCUCCUCAGACGUUGUGAGGCCCAAGGUGCCAGGGCAGCUGAGAAGGAGCCGCAAGCAACGUGGAGCCAGUGCCACCGAGGCAGCCCAGGGGGACAGGGAGCCUGUGGGGGCUGCAGCACAGGGGACUGGCGUACUCGUGAAGGCACGUUUAAGUUCACCAUUGUCCUCACGAAAGAGCAAAGGGAAGGAGAAGGCAGCCAAGCCAGCUCCUGUGAAGCUGGGGAGCGAGGAAGCAGCGGAGAGCAAACGGCUGGUGCCCGGCCCUGGCACGGAUGAGAGCGAUCCAGCCGUGAGCACUCCCCCGAAGCAGAAGGUGAAGGAGCCAGGGACACAGCCCCUGGGGAAGGCAAAGGCCACCAAGCAUUCAAAGCCAGGGCAGGCUGGUGGCUUGGGCAUAUGUGACAAUGUGCCGGUGAUCCCUGCCAGCGGAGCCGUGGCUCCUCCAGGCGCGGCAUGCCAGGAGGCACUGGGGAAGCCUCUCCAUCCCAAGAGCGUGGCAGCUUCUGGAGGGGCUGCUGCUGAGGGAGCUCAUGGGGAGCCUCCAGCUGAGACCCCCAGGGAGCUGGGCCCCCCUUGCUUUGCAGCCGAGGCCUCUGCAAGGGCAGACACCCUAGACGUGACUUGGCCCGAGAUGUACGACUAUUUGUUCUGUGACUCCCAAGGGGAAGAAGAAGGAAUGGGGAACUCAAUGGAAGGAGAGAAAACACCCUUGGAAAGGGAAAUAUCCUUGCCUGAACUGUAUGAAUAUUUUUUCAAUGAACCAGAAGGAAACAGGAAAAAAGUCAAGGGUAAAGACAGGAAGCGAAAGAAGUUCAGCAGCUUGGACCACGCUCCGCUGCAAAAUGAGGAUCCCGACUCGGCUUCAGUCAAAGACUCCCUGGUUAUUUCGGUCCCUGAGGUGUAUGAACACUUCUUUCCAGACAGGCCUGGGAACAGGGUGGGCUGGACAGGGAUUUUCUCAAUCACUCCAGCCUCUGAGGUGAAGAAAGCUGUGGGGGCUUUGAAGUCCCUUCUGCAAAGGCCAAUGCAUCUCAUCAGAGGCCAAGCCCCAGGCCCCCAGGCUCUCGUGCGGAGAGGAUCCGGAGAGAAGCUCCCCCUCGUCCCGCUGGCUCCGCUGGGAAGAGGCCAGGCGCGGCCAGAAGGUUUGGACAUGGCCCUUGCGCUGACAGGGAGGCCUGAGGCUCCGCUGGCGCUGACCCACAAAGACAUGUGCCUCGUCUUCUGUGCCUUUGCAUCCUGGGCAGUGAAGACCUCUGACCUGCAGGCUCCGGAUGCCUGGAAGACCAUGUUCCUGGCAAGUUUUGGCACGCUUUCUGCCAUCCGCUACUUCCGAAGGCAGGUCAGAGAAGGACACCCCCGGACCUAGGCUCAGCGCACACCAGAGGUGCUUCCUGAGGACAGGCGAGGAUGGUGGAGGCAGAGGCUGGGGAUUUUGUUCCUGGGCAGUGUGAGAAGCCUGGAUCCCAGCACCAAGACUUCUCUGGACCCAUCCCUAAACGGGACAGGACGUCACAGGAAGCAGGAUCCUUCCGGUGAUAGUCACUUACAAUACGGUAGGCAGUUUGUACCUGUACGGGACAGGAUAGGAGCCCAGCGUGGGCUGGGUCUGUUCUUUCUUUGUACACUUCUUGCAUACUUGUGCUAUCUCCUAGGAGUAGUCACAGUGUCUGUUCCAGGGCGCUGCUUGUCCGUCCUCCCUGCUGAAGUCACGUGGUGGCAAAGGAAGGCACUGAGGUAGUGGAGGGAGGAGAGAGCAGAAGAAACCAGGGAAGUGCUUCGUUCCUAUGAAAGAAUUGGGGUAUCUGUGAAGGGAGAGAGGAGGGGGCUUUGGGGAAAAGCUGUCUCUGUCCAAACAUGGUGCUUUGCUAAGCAUGUGCUGGCUGCGCACGGCUAGCUGGGCAGCAGCUAAAGAGGGAUGGAGGGGCCACUCGUUUGGCAAGACCCAGGUCUCCCAUGGCUGGUUUGGCUCACCGCAGGAGGACUCAUCCUCUUGGAUUUCACUCCAAGAAGUCACGGCUCAGUCUAACAGUUCAGGAGGCUGAGACAGUGUUUCUGUUGCAUGUGGCUGCCUCAGCCCUGCUGAGCCAGAGCUGCAGCUGCGGUGUCUGUCCCUGCAGGUGAGGAGCACCUGAGUGAGCACUGCAAGGACACACCUCACCCCCGUAAGCAGAGGAAGGGCAGGUGUCACGCAGCCAGAGCCAGAGGAAGGGGCAGCCGGGAAGGGCCCUGCAGGAGGCUGCACAGGAUGGAAAGGGGCUGCAGGGGCAGCAGGGAAAGGGGCUGAGCUCAGGGAAGCCUCAGGAAAGAGCCCUGACGAGGACAGGAGCAUGUUGGAGAGGAGGAAAAGGCACAUAUACAUGUUUGGCUCUGACAAUCACCAGGUGAAGGGUCUAGAUAUAUCACUUGGUCCCUCCGCUGCCUCCCAUCCUAGGGACAUAAAGUUGGCGGGGAGGAGAUGUCGGGUGAGGAGGUGCUGUGGCUGAGUGUGUAACCUUGUGGGGCUGGAGAGGGCUGGAGAAGACCCAGAACAGAAGAUGGGGGGAAAAAUGAAAAGGAAGUGGUUUGGUUUCUUCCCUGUCUCUAGUGCCUUCCUGAUCACUCAAGGGCAUUAUUCAUGACAGUUUUUCUUCACUCCCAAGUCUGAUAACAGCAUGAAUGUGAGAUUUGUUAAGUACUUAGGGACCAGGUCCACAAAGGUACUGGGGGAAAUCUGCCCAGAAUACCUGUGCGGAUCUGCCUAUGAGCUUUAUAGGAACGGUCUGUGGCAAUGUUUGUCUUACGAAACCAGAGAGGAGAGGUUUAGCUCUUUCCUUGUAAUGCAGAGUGCCAUGCAAUUUUAAUGUGUGUAGGAUUGUACUGAAGACCAUGUAUUAUUGCUGAUAAGAGAGCACACUGUACAAUUGUACAGUGAGAUAUGUAGCAGUAAAGAGAGAGAUAGAGAUGUACAGGCUCUAUAUGGACUAUAGUAGCUGUGUAUCCAGUAAGAGGAGUUUUGUGGAGGAGGAGAACAGAUAAAAUAUGCUGGAAGCUUCUAAUAAAGAUCUAUCUCAUUUAAUA